AUGCGCCCAUGCCACCAUGGCCGCGCCUGCAAGGAGCCCCCCACUGUUCUCGGCCCCCCUAACUCCGCCACCCAAUACCGUGUUCUCCAUUUAGUCGGCAAAGGCGGCUUUGCGCGUGUCUACACAGUCAGGCAGACCACCCCCCAACUUGCUGCGCCUUCGCCUCGCCCCACGCCAAGUCGGCGUGGCGAGCAUGGAUCCCUUAACCACGCCCCUAACUCAACUCCCACUAAUGUCACCACUCAAAACCCAUCAACUCAUCCUGUCCUCGCCCUGAAAGUCAUCAGCAAAUGCAGACUCGCCAACACAGCCACGGGCCGCGAGGCUCUGAGAAACGAGGUCAGCAUCCAUCGCCAGCUCCAGCACCCGGCCAUCGUCAGGCUCAUUUCGUACUGGGAAGAUCAGUACCGCAUUUAUUUGCUCAUGAAUUACGUCAACGGCCCCCAAUUGGAGCAGUACGUCAAGUCCAGAGGUCGUCUCACCGAAGAGGAGGCUUCCACGUACGCCGCCAAUAUUUUUGAGGCUCUGUCGUAUCUCCACGCUAAUCGAAUCAUCCAUCGCGACCUCAAGCUUGCCAACAUCCUCCUAUCCCAGGACCUCAACCGUGUACUGCUUUGUGACUUUGGACUCGCCGCCCAUUUGGAUUCAUUGCGUCCAGGAAAGGAUUCGAAUGUUUGCGGUACGCCUAAUUACGUCGCCCCAGAGCUUCUGACUCCCUCAGCAUUAGCUCGUCUCACCCCUAAGCGCAGUUACGGCCAAUCCCACAAGCCUUUUAACAGUAAGCAAGCCAAAAGAGCCGGCGCCACAGAGGUUAGCUACACCACGAGUGCAGAUUCUUGGAGUAUGGGCGUUGUAUUGUAUACCAUGCUUGUUGGGUCUGGCCCCUUCGACGGUGAGGAUAUCAAACGUACUUUUAACAAGAUACGAACCGCUCGCUUUACCUUUCCAAUUGGCCUCAGACUCUCUGCGAAUGCCAAGUCGCUCAUCCGUCUGUUGCUGUCCGAGGACCAGACGAAGCGUCCGUCUGCAGAUCAGGCUCUGAGCCACCCGUUUUUUACCACGCGUCCAAUUCCGAAAUUGUUUCCACAGUCUUCUAACCUCGGACUCAUUCCCGAGGGUGGAUAUGUUGAGCAUGCUCGAGACGCCGAUCCUCGCCAAAAGACCAGAGAUCAUUUUGUAGAUCGCGCAGACGGGCCCGGGGAGCACGGCUCCGUUCGAUCUCGGAGAAAAGGAUUUACCAAUCGGCGGGGGUCGGAUUUACAGAGAUGGAAUGAAGCUUACUCCGCCAACAACCCGAAUCUUGCGAGUUCUUCGAAAGAUGCGUUUGAAGUUGGCAGACCCCAGAGCCAGGGGUCAAGCAGGUACGCGCGCCAGUAUUCUCAUGAUUUCGGGUCGCGAAGACUCCCACGAGCGGCCAAGGAACGCAGCUCAUCUCUCACCACAUCCGCAGUGGUUCAGCGCAGUAGAAAUCAUACGCGACGUUCUAGCCUGAACACGAGAGCAGUGAACGAACUGAAGGAAUCCCGCCAGUCUCAAUCAUUCAGACGUUCAUCCAUACGGUUUUCAGAAAAGCGAACUGACCUACUUAACUUGUCAGUUACCUUGUCAGCGGCUUUGAUGUGGGGCCGCCAAUGUCUUGACGAUUCGCUAGGUCAUGAGUCCGAAGAAGACCGACGACAAAAGCUCGCACUGGUGGCUCAGGCGGUAACGCUAUCCGACACACCCCCUUUGGUCCGGCGUUGGGCCGAUUACACAAGAAAACAUGGGUUUGCAACCAUGAUGGAAGAUGGAAGAACAGGGAUAUGCUUCAAUGAUGGCAGUAUCAUGUUCUUUGUCUCGGUGACAGAAAGCUCAGAGAUUCCGGAGUUUGCAUAUAUUCCUCCGCUGGAAGCGCAAUCGGACAGUGGCAGUAGCGACAGCUCAGACGGUGACGCGCAAGAAAAGCGAAGCAAAGACAUCUCGAAAAAGGCAUGCCUGUGUAACCUGUUCGCAGACCUCAUGCAUGAUGGUGGCCGUGGGUCCAUGUAUGACUUGCCUUCCGCAUGCAAUGUGUCUUUUUUGAAGCCAGACUCAGAAACAACUGAUCAGCCUACGAGAACACCAUCACGAGAAGACCAUAAAGAUGUGGUUCAUGUCCGUGACUGGGCGAGAUUUCGAAACUCACGCGCUGUUGCUUUUCGACUAAGCAACUACUCCAUACAUGUGAAGUUCGACGUUGGCGAAGACAGAUGCGACGACUUUUUAUUUAACCUUGUCAGCAAUACGCUCUUUUAUCGAGAAGCCAGAACCGGUGAGGCAUGGGAAUGUGACGUGAAGAAUUUGGGAGAAUUUUCGACGAUCUCUGAACACUUGCACGCCCAACUUGAGUUGUGCUCACAGGCAAUUUCUCAAAUGUUGAAAUGA